GCCGCCAUAGUGUUGUUCACUGUGUUCCUUCGUUACUGGCGUUUUACGUUAAUAACAUGUGUUUCAGUUUUCGUUCCGUGGCUCUGUUGAACAUCGCAGAAAGAAGAAGUGCUUGUGACACAGUUAACGUAUCUUCAUGAACAAGUGGUUUUGAUGAUGGACACUUAAUCUUGCCUUUAAAGUUCGAUUGACUUAAGCGAAAUGAGGUUAUAUUUACUGGUACAAUUCUACCUUAACUGAUUCAUCAGUUUACCUUAUCACUUCGUUCAGGUACCAGACUGUGGGAACUUGAUGGGAUAUGAAUUGAAUUGAAUGUGUGUGUGUACAGUAAGAGUGAGGACUGUUGAAUUGGUCACAACGAAAUGGUUCUUGGCUAACCGUUAUAUUUUAUGUACAUUAUACCGAAUAACUUAAUUUUUUUUUCAAAAUGCGAGCUAUUUUGUUCACUUUGUGUACCUCGGACCCUUUUGAUCGCAUAGCAAGUGAAUUCGACAUUUGUGAUUAUUAACCGCAACUCAGUGAAAUGAUAACAUUUUGAUUACAGAUGAUGUUUUAAUUAACGCUUGGUAGAUAGCAUAUUAUUAUAGAUGAUAUAACCUCGAAGACAGGAACAUGUUUUAACCCCCAUUUCACAUGAGUGUGGCAAUACCUGAAAGUUUCUGUGAAAAAGAUUGCAUUCAAGAUGAAGCUCAUAUAAGAACACAUCUGCUACAUGACGGCCACUGGUAAUGGAUACCACAACAGGAGACGACGAGGCGCCCAAAGACCCCGGGAUUCAGCAGACUCAUUAUCAGACUUUCUCAGAAAAAGACUUCGAAGGUCACCGCGCUCAUACGGUUUACGUUGGGGUUCAUCUUCCCGGGAACAGACGCCGGUCUCAUCAUCGGCGCCACAAACACCACCACAAGAACGGGAUCAACAAGGACCCGAAUGCAUCCGGCACUGAAGAUGAUGACCGGCCAAGGCAAAUCCUUGUGCCCCGGCGUGGCCGUAUGGGCAGCAUAACAGAUGAUGGUGAAAUAUUCACACCGCCAGCACAGCGUGUACAGUUCAUACUCGGAGAAGAUGUCGAUGACGGAAUGCAUGAACCACAUCCUCUCUUUGCUGAAAUGGGAGAGUUGGUGCAUGAUGGCAAUGACAUGGAAUGGAAAGAAACCGCCAGAUGGAUAAAAUUUGAAGAAGAUGUUGAAGAAGGUGGUAACAGGUGGUCAAAGCCUCAUGUAGCCACACUCACGCUUCAUUCUCUGUUUGAGCUCCGCAGCAUGUUACUCAAUGGUACUGUCAUGCUAGACAUGGAUGCAUCCUCUCUUGAACAAGUUGCAGAUCUUGUUCUGGAUAAUAUGGUCAACGCAGGGUCUCUGCCCUUUGAUUGCAGAGAGAAGGUGAGAGAAGCUUUGUUACGUCGUCAUCGACAUCAACAUGAGCGUCGUAAAGAAACUUCAUCAUCUAAUAUGUCUAGGCUACCUAUUAUACGAUCCUUGGCGGAAAUAGGACGAAAUCAUUCCUCAUCUAAAACUUUGCAGGACAUUAACAGGAGUGGACAAAUGGAACAGUACCCAGUUUGUCGCAGUACCAGCUGUCCCAGUUCUACAACGUCCCUCCUUGAGGUACAGGAUCACAAGGGUCCCUAUCUUACAGUUCCAGUGGAGGAACCGACGCAAACAUCUCAAUCAGCCAUCACCAUGGCCAACAUGUCCAAGCCUACAGACAUUGGCCGAUUUCUUUCUAUCCCCGGAGCUGGAUCAGCAAGUGCUCCCAAUGCCCAGGGACUGGAACAUAGCCACAGUUCAGCAUCUUUAAGUCGCAACUUCAGUAGUGGCUCUGCAUUAGGAGAAUUGAAUUGUGAGGGGAUCCAGCCCAAGGGUAACACUCAUUUUAUGAGAAAAAUUCCACCUGGGGCUGAAGCGUCUAACAUUCUUGUUGGAGAAGUCGAUUUUCUAGAGAAAACCUUCUCAGCAUUUAUACGACUGAAUCAUGCAACUUUCUUAGGAGAUUUAACAGAAGUUCCUGUCCCUACACGUUUCCUCUUCAUAUUGCUGGGACCAGCAGGUGGACUGGCAAACUUCCAUGAAGUGGGUCGUGCCAUGGCUACACUCAUGUCAGAUGAAGUAUUUCAUGAUGUUGCAUACAAAGCCCGCAACCGCAAUCAUCUGCUAUCAGCAAUAGAUGAAUUUCUGGAUGCAGUAACAGUGCUUCCUCCAGGAGAAUGGGACCCUACCAUAAGGAUAGAGCCUCCAGCAGCAGUCCCUUCUCAGGAUCAGAGAAAGCGGCCACCUGAGAAACAAAAGGACGAACCUGAUGAAGAAGAAGAUGAACAGAAGCUGAGAGAAGAGUCAGGACUAUCAAGAUCAGGAAGGCUGUUUGGUGGCCUCAUUAAUGAUAUUAAGAGGAAGUCUCCUUGGUACUGGUCAGACUUCAAGGAUGCGCUAGCUCUGCAGUGCAUAGCUUCCUGGAUCUUCUUGUACUUCGCUUGCCUGUCACCUAUUAUUACAUUUGGUGGUCUCUUAGGCCAUGCAACAGGCAAUAACAUGGCUGCUAUGGAGUCCCUUGUAUCUGGUUUUGUGUGUGGUAUAGGCUAUGGCUUCUUCUCUGGACAACCACUAACCAUCCUAGGAUCUACAGGUCCAGUUCUAGUGUUUGAGACCAUCAUGUAUGACUUUUGCCAAUCUAAGGGAUGGGAUUACAUGUCAUUUCGUUUUUGGAUUGGAAUGUGGAUUGCAGUGAUCCUCAUUAUUCUGGUGGCUGUAGAUGCCAGUGUCUUGGUGUGCUACAUCACUCGAUUCACAGAAGAAAAUUUUGCAACUCUUAUAGCUUUUAUUUUUAUUUAUAAAGCUGUUGAGAAUGUACUCAGUAUUGGAAAGAAGUUUCCUGUCAAUACUCAUGGUGAUACAAUACUGAAUUAUGAAUGUUUCUGCACUCCUACCAACAGAUCAUUUGCUCUUGAAAACGUUAACUGGACAUAUUUAAAGGAGGAUGAAUGUCUGUUGAAAAAUGGUACAAUGCUAGGAGCUGGUUGUGAUACUCCACAUUAUGUACCUGAUGUGUUUCUGAUGUCCAUCAUUUUGUUCCUGGGAACAUUCUUAAUUUCAGUUCAGUUGAAAGAUUUUAAAAAUUCAUUGUUCUUUCCAUCAAAGGUGCGGCAAGUUUUCAGUGAUUUUGCUGUCAUCAUUGCCAUAUUGUCCAUGACAGGGCUGGAUUUUUAUGCUGGAAUCAAGACACCUAAAUUACAAGUGCCAAGUGAGUUCAAGCCAACACUGGAGGGUCGAGGCUGGUUUAUUUCGCCAUUCAACAAUAACCCAAUAUGGACAGCUAUUCUUGCUGCCUUGCCUGCUCUCCUUGGAACUAUCCUUAUAUUCAUGGAUCAACAGAUUACAGCUGUUAUUGUUAAUCGAAAGGAAAAUAAACUCAAGAAAGGCUGUGGUUAUCAUCUGGACCUGUUUGUCCUUGGCAUACUGAUCAUAAUAUGCUCAGUAAUGGGCCUCCCUUGGUUUGUGGCUGCUACUGUUUUAUCAAUCAAUCAUGUAAAUUCACUGAAACUAGAAUCAGAAUGCGCAGCUCCUGGAGAGAAACCCCAGUUUCUGGGUGUCAGGGAGCAACGCGUCACACACAUCCUGAUCUUCUUGAUGAUAGGGUUGUCUGUAGUGCUGACCCCAGUGCUGGGCCACAUCCCCAUGCCUGUUCUGUUUGGAGUAUUCCUGUAUAUGGGUGUGGCAUCUUUGAAAGGGCUGCAGUUCUUUGAUCGCCUUCUCAUUAUAUUUAUGCCUGUGAAAUAUCAACCUGACCACAUGUUCCUUCGACAGGUGCCCUUGAAACGUGUACACAUAUUUACACUCAUCCAGCUGGCCUGUCUGGUGAUUCUCUGGGUCAUCAAGUCCUUCAGCACAACCUCCAUUCUGUUCCCUCUAAUGUUGGUUGUGAUGAUUGGUAUUCGCAAAUCCCUGGACUUCGUAUUUUCACGGCGAGAACUCAAAAUUCUUGAUGACAUCAUGCCUGAAACAACCAAGCGUACCGAAGAGGAGAGAAGACAGUUGGAGGGAGAGGAAGGUAAGGCUGACAUUGAUACAACUGGAAACCUGCAAAUUCCACUUGCCAAUGGCAACAUUAUGAAAAUUCCUCUUGCUUCAAUUAAUAUUUCUGAAGAGGUUAACAAGACUGGUAUAUGGAAACAAGUUAAUGAGGGCAGCUGUGCUUACAAAGAUGGCAAGAAGAAAAAGAGUCCUAACAAAAAUAGUUCAAAAUCCAAGAAGCGAGGGAAUAAAAAGGAUGCUGUAAGUGACGAUGAGAAGACAAGACUUUCAACAAUGGCAGAAGAGGAAGAAGAAGAAGGCUUAACUAUAAAGAUUGAUUCAUGUCACACCAUUGAUUUUGGUACUGCAAAUAGAAAAGCAAAUGGUUUGAAUGCAGCUGAGACUUCAGUAUAAAUAUAUAUAGGUAAAACAAUCUAGUACAUAUGUAAAAACUUGAGGCAAUGUUUUAUUACUACAAAAACAUUGUGUUUGUUUUAUGAUAUUGCUAAAUGCUCUGCCGAGGAAGUAUGACAAUCUGUGUUCAUUUUUAGUGUUUUGUGGGUACGUGUUUGUCAUCGUAUAUACAAGUAGCCUGAUAUUGCAUACUUUGGUAUUGAACUGAAACAUAAUAACAAUAUAUAUGGCACAGAUUGUCUUCACCAAGAGUUAAACUUACAAUUGGCCUCUGCUUCUGCAUAGAGUGGGAAUGAUUUUAACCAGCAGUAGUAUACUGUGAUCAUUUGUGUCACUUUAAUUCCUGACACUGUUUUAUGUAGUUCUGCUCUAAUAAGAGGUGCCAUUUAUGGUACCAUCUGAAGCACAUGAUUACCUUCUGUGUUCUUUGGUUCAUAUUUGUUCACUCUAUUGGUAUAAAGUGAAAUGGAGUAAGUACUUUUCCUACAUACUACUCUCUCAUAUUUUCAAAUGUUUAAUGUACAUCUGAUUAGUCUAGUUAAACAACAUGAAAACUGUGUCAUUGUCCAAUUUAAUAUUAUAAAAAUUUGCAUUAGAACUUGGUUGUGAUGGUCAGGUUUGCAGAAGUGCUAUUAAUGAUAUACUUAAGUUUGCCAGUUUUUAAAAUGUUAAUUAUGCAAUUAUUUUUUUUCUUCCCAAAAAUGAUCUUCCUACUCUUUGAACAUAUUGAAAUUUAUGUUUGAAUAUCUUAUAUGGUUGAUUUCCUUAAUAAGAUGUAUAUAUUGCUUGAACUGCUGAACAGUCAGAAACAUGUUUUCAUCAUUAUCAUAUCAUAUUUUAUUCUUAAUGUAACUUCUGUUUUCAUCUCAUAAUUCAGACUGAAUGAAUGUAUGUGUACCUAUAGUGUUAAUCAACACGUGUUUUAUUGUUUGUAACUUGAAUUUAAUUUGCAUUUCUUAUCUUCAAGAUAUAAUUUUCUUGUCUUCCAUUGGAAUGCAGUAAUUUUUCCCUCUCUGACCGAUUAUAUUAACAUGGUAUGCUUUGUUUUACACUAAUAUGUUAAUAUGUAGUAGCAUCUUAGCUUGCGGCCAUUGUUACCAAGUUCUAAUGUCCACUUUUGCAAUAUGUGCCAACGUGAUAGAAUAGACGGCAAGUUGUUAUUCCAGUCAUUAUCAGUGUUUAUAUACUGAUAUCAGUGUACAGUGAACAUAUUCUUGAUUAACCGUUUAACUGACAUGUUUCUUAUGUGCUAGGCCAGCCCAGCUGCAUUUUUCCUACCAUUUUCAUUUUUUUAACUUAAAUCUUUUGGCUAUUUUAUGACUUAAAAGUUUCUUCAGUUCUUCCAUACAUGGCAUUGCGUGAUAUUUCAUCUGCUAGCACACAACUGACUUAAAUCGGCCAAUAAGAAAGGUGAAAUUGGUUGACGAAGAAGUAUAUGCCUCAGUGCUACUACAGUAGCGCUUAGCAAUAUGGACAUUCUCAUAUAGUGCUACUGUAAUUGUAUGUAGCAAUUAAAAGGUUAAGUACUGGCACCACUGAGACAAACUCUUAAUGUGUUCAUCUUUACAGUCUUUUUUCCUAGAUUUAAUCUUAUGUCCCAAUGCAUUUUGUUAUCUUUCUUCUGCGUAAAGGCUUUGUCUUCCCUUCUAUUUUAUGUUCUGAGACAUGAACUUGCUCUUGAUGCAUUAAAUUCGAUAUUUUACUGAUUUCCAUGAAAAUGUUUUAAUAACCAUUACAUUCCCCACUGAAGUAGGUUUGGAUACAUUAUCAGAAACAUAAUUUUUAAGUAUAUAAAUAUCUGAAUUAAAUAAUAAUUGUAAUAGUCAUAAUUAUUAUUGGAGUACAUUAUUUAUUUUAAAUCUGUAAAUUGUUAUUACUUGUAUAUAAUGAAUGCAAUAGAAAACUUCACACAUCUGCCCUUUCCCACUUCUUUGUAAUUAGGAAAUACAUAAAUUGUCAAUGAUAUUUAGAAUUGUCAGGAAUGCCCAGUCUUUGUGUAUAUUCUUAGUAUUCACAAAUUACAGAAGUGUGACAGUACUGUGCUGUAGUUAGUCAUAAAUGUUGUCUUCCUCAUUGUAAAAUAAUUGCCAUAUUUGUCAUUUGUAAUUUUCAAUUGUAAGCAGCUAUAUCAGUUAUUUUAGUCCAUUUUUGGAAGUGCAUUUGUGGUAACUAGAAAUUAAAUCAGAAUUAAGAGAGACCUGUUUCAAUGCAGAAUUACUCGGUUUUUGGACUGUUUCCAUUGUGCGGUAUUCUGGAGACUAGAAAACAUGACAUUUUUGAAACUGGAUCUGUUUCUGUCCUCAGGUUAGCUCUUUCUAAGGGACCCAACUGAGUA